AUGCACUUUGCUCUCGCCAGCUUGCUCGCUCUCGCCCUCCUCCAGGGCAGCCUUGCCGCUCCAGCCAGUAGCCCGGCGACGCCGCCCUCGCUCGAAAACACCGCGGACCCGAGUACGCUUCUGCACAAACGUCAAUCUUUCAAUAGCGCGCUCGGCGGCUAUGGAGGCUAUGGCUUCCCCCGUGGCGUCUACUCCGGAAGCUCGAACGGAUACAGCGCGCAAAACUACCGCAACACCGCCACCAGCUACUCGCCCUUCGGCGUGUCUAACAGCUUCAAUGCCGGGAGUAGGACUGCCGGCUACUCCAACAAUUGUGUUGGCUAUUACGCUAAGGACGCAGACGCCAAAAAACCUACCAAUGUCAGAUUCGUAAUCGUGAUUAUCCGCUCAAGUCUCCUCCUCCUUUGA